CAUCGGAGAAGUGCCGGAAGUGGGGCCCGCAGCUGUUGCAGUCCUCUCGUGAAUCGCUCGAGAAGUCUUGUUUUGUGAUCGUGAUUAGUCACACGUUCGAAUUCUUAUCGAUACCGAGUGUCGCAGGCGUCGUCGGGUGCAGGCUGCAAGUCCAAGACACCGUCCAGUCGGCGGCUGAACACAUGGCGGACAGAAGGUCUUCGAGCAGACCGCGCAACCAGACAAACGCGGCCACGUCUUCGCCCGCCUAGCAUAGGAGAAACAUGGCCGAGGAGGCCAAUGCCAGGGGCAGUCCGUCGCGACAGCCAGGUGAGUGCCAGGGUGGACAAAGAAUGGCUCCACCGCAGCCACAUCCACGCCACCGUCGCCUGCCCCCGGAAGUGGAGGACGACGAGCCUGACCUGCCGCCGUCGCCACCGCGAACAUCGCCUCCUCCGCCAGCUCCGGAGCCGCGUCUCUCGCAGCUCUUCGAUCGGCUGUCCCACCUCACCGAAUUAACGCACAACUUGCAGCAGCAACAACAACAACAACCACAAGGCAGCCCAAGGCUUUUGCCUCGGAGAGCUAGAGCACCCAUGUCGCCUCCUAACAUUUCUUACGGUCCAGGCCCAGCAGAGGAGCCUCGACCGAGCGCCCAGCAGCGUCUGCUGGCUGACUUGGAGCUGCUGGAGGCGGCGGGGGCAGCAGACGUGAGCUCGCCGGCCCUUUUGCUGGCCUACUGGGCAGCUUCUGGUCGACCUGCGCCAGGGCCGCCGCCGGCCACUGUCGAUUGGCAGCAAAGGUGCGUCGAACUGGAACUGGAAUUGCACCAGUUCCGCAUGCAGGCUGGACGAGUGCGUGAUCUUCUCAGAGACAAGGUAUGUGAAUCUGAGUCGACCUCAAAUGAACUCGAGGGUGUCAAUGUGGACUAUUUGGCCGAGUUGGAGUCUCGUUUGCUGGAGGCUGAGAGCAGAGCUGAUGAGGCGGAGGAUAAAGUCAGGAGCAUGGAGCAGCGAUUGGCCGCGGAAAACCCCGCCGACUGGUCACCCUCGCCCGUCAGUGGCGGCGUCGAGAUCCACGGAAAGGAAAAGGAGAUUUCGCGGCUCGAGUCUCAGGUCGAAGAACAGCGGCUGCUCCGUUUGCAAGAUGCCAAACAAGUCGAGGCGAAAGCUGCGAAAAUCAAGGAGUGGGUUACCAAUAAGCUCAGAGAGUUGGAGGAGCAGAAUCAGCAAUUGAGGGAACAAAACCAAAAGUGCACGGAGCAGCUCGACCUUUUGCGCAACCACCUUUCCCAUCUGGGCCGCGGAUCGAGCAAAGAUAGACAUACGUCCAGAGCAAGCCUUGCUGAGGCUGACCAGUCACCGCCCCCAGCCUCCCUGCCUCCAGAUCUUCCAGCGCGUCCUGCCUCUGCUUCGUCCUCGUCACUCGGACUUUCGUCCACGCAUGGCUCAUCCCUCGGACACCGCCGCUCAGACAGCCUUGGCUCUUGCUCUCCGGAACCAAUGUACCUGGAUGCAGAACACGGAGGAGGAAGAAGGAGAUCGAGACACCAAAGACUUAGUCCUGGUCCUAGCACUUUGACUCGUGAUCUACACGCUGCUGUGGCAAGCCUUGUACACCUGCCGGCAGCUUCGCGCACAAGCCCCUGCGCCCCAUCAUCUACGCCAUCCCUUCCUGCCUUCCAAGUUGACGACGGUCAACACGACUACGCAGAAAUCUACACUCCGAGCAAAGAGAGCGUGACCGGCUCUUGGGGUGUAGCUGGAACGUGCAGAGAGAGCUCUGGAGGCAGCAGCAGUGGCGGCAGCGACCAGAGAGCAGAUCAUUCGCAGGCGUCCUGCAGUUGCAUCGACGACUCCAGGCCGCCCACGCCGCCGCUCCACAGAUUCCCAUCGUGGGAGUCGAAGAUUUACCAAAUAGCCGACGAAGGUUUCCAACUCCCCAGUAUUGUCAACGGCUCUUCGACUAUGAAGAGCGAUUCAACGAAUAACAACACAAGCUCGUUACGAGGACACAAGCCUGGUGGCUAUAUCGGGGACAUCAGUGUGCCAGUGUAUGCAACUGUCAAAGGGAGAGCAAGUCAGAUCAGAUCGAUGCCCUUCACUGGAGAUUCCUCCGAUUCUUCAGAUGGAGAGGACGGUCACAACACGGCCAGUCAAGAAAACACCCUUCGAGGUGUGAGCAGAACAAGCAGUGGCGGCGACACCACUGACCAGUCUUCAGGAGACACCGGCUCGAACCCCAGCAAGAGCUUGAGAACCUCCAUGCAAGGGCUCACUCUUUCUCCGGCCGCCAAGUUGAACGUGAUCAAUAACAGUGCAUCUCCCUCAAAAAGCAUCAAAAGAGCAGAAAACUGUUCAAUGGAGUCUGCAACCAGUGAAGACUACGCAAUUCCACCCGACGCACUUUCCUGCUGUGAGUCGACAAGCAUUGAGUCGUCGAUGCCGUCCUUAGUGGCCGGUCGUUCCAACUCGUGCAUGAUGGAUGUGCACGACACACCUGUGCACUCGGCGAACAGCACGGCCAACAGAGAGAGUCUGGAAAAGCAAGGCUACCUCACCAAAUUGGGCGGAAAGUUGAAGACCUGGCGCAAGCGGUGGUUCGUGUUGAAGAACGGCGUCAUCAUGUAUUGGAAAUCACAGAACGACGUCAGCCGAAAACCACAAGGCCACAUAGAGUUAGAUGACCUGUGCAGGGUCACAAGGGCAGACGGCGCGGCCACCUUUGAAAUCUCAACGGGCAAAAAGACCUACUACCUGACGGCAGACUCGAUUGCUGCGAUGGAAGACUGGAUCAGGGUGCUGCAAAAUGUGCAACGAAGAAACGCCACCAAACUGCUGCUCCACAAGGAGGAGCACAAACCCACCAUCCAGGGCUGGCUGACCAAGGUCAAGAACGGUCACACCAGAAGGUGCUGGUGCGUCCUCAUUGGCAAGAUGUUCAUGUACUUCAAAGGGCCUACAGACACGACACCACUGGGGCAAAUCAACAUGAGAGACGCCAGAGUGGAGGAGGUUGACCAUGUUUCGGAUUCUGACAGCUCCGAGGAGCACGACGGAGAACGAAUUAAUUUGCACACUGCUGACCUCACCAUUGCUCUGCACCCCUCACACCAAGGGCCUACGUACCUGAUCAUGCCUGCAAAGCAGGAUAAGGACACGUGGAUGUACCACUUGACCGUCGUUUCGGGUGGAGGCUCAAACGCAGGCACCCAGUACGAGCAACUGGUCCAAAGAUUGAUGGAAGUUGACGGCGACCCUACUUGUGUUCUUUGGAGGCACCCAUUACUCUUACACACCAAAGAUAGCAUUACUUCACCACUGACUACUCUGCCUAGGGAAGAACUACAAGGGGAAUCACUGAAAUUAUUUAAGUCUUGUCAACUCUUCAUGUCUGUGCCCCUGGACGCGGCCGGCAUCGACUACCACGUGGUGCUGGCGCAAAACGCCCUCCAGCAAUGUCUGACCUCUCCGGAACUGCAAGCGGAACUUCUCUGCGGCCUGAUGAAGCAAACCUCGCGGCACCUCCAGCACAAGAUUGGAGUGCAGCAGUUGCUGUUGUGCGCCACGCAAUCGUUAUUCUUGUGUGACGCCGCAAACGCUCAACAGAAGGCUUCUCCGACCUCGCAGCAGUCGGCGACGGGCGGCGCCAUCGGCGGCGCCGGACCCACCGGAGCCGGCGCCACGGGCGCCGCCUCCACGGCCGGAGGCAACAGCGUGCUGCCCCUUGACUGCAAGGCCAACCCGCCGAGCUUCGUCUUCAUCCAGGGCUGGCAGUUGCUGGCCCUCGCCGUGUCCCUCUUCCUGCCCAGGAACAGCCGCCUCCUCUGGUUCCUGCGACUCCACCUUGCCAGAAACGCAGAUUCAAAAACGGAAUGUGGGAAAUACGCAGCUUAUUGCCAAAGAGCGCUGGAAAGAACCCUGGCAAACGGCGCGAGGGAAGCUCGGCCUUCUCGAAUGGAGGUUCUGUCCAUCCUUCUGAAGAACCCUUAUCAUCACUCCCUGCCCCACGCAAUACCAGUCCACAUGCUGAAUGGAACUUACCAGGUUGUGAGUUUUGACGGUUCGACAACCGUGGAGGAGUUACUGGCGUCGCUGGUGCAGGAGAUCGGGUGCCGCGACGUGACGCAGUCGGGCUUCACCCUAUCGAGCGACGACCCGAUCGACCGCGACCUGGAGCACUACGUGGCGCACUCGGCCAAAGUCUGUGAUGUGAUUUCCAAGUGGGAAGUGGCCUUGAGGGAGAAGGGCUCGGGCAAGUUCGAGAACUCGCGGGCCAUCAAGCUGAGUUUCAAGUCGCGCCUGUGGUGGCGACACAACGCCAAGCGCGAGACCGACAAGGAGCGCCUCCUGCUGUGCUACCAGUGCGCCCAGCAGGCGGCCAGAGGCCGCCUGCCCCUCAACAGGUCGCUCGCCCUCGAGAUGGCCGCCCUGAUGGCGCAGAUCGACAUGGGCGAGUACCCGGAAAAGGCGCCGCCGGGCAACCCGCACUUCCUCGCCCAGCAGCUCCAGUCAGCCAUGGACAAAUUCCUGCCAGCUAGAUACAGAGACAAUGCAACCCCCCAGCAAUUGACGGAGCUGCAUGACGGAUUAGCCGAGAAGUGGAUUGCGCUCAGGGGCCGAAGUGUGAUUGAUUGUGUGCGAAUUUAUUUGACGUGUGCGAGGAAAUGGCCAUAUUUUGGUACUUCUCUUUACCAAGCCAAGAUGUGCACUGGGCCAGAAAAGGGUGUUGUGUGGAUGUCCGUGGGUGAAGACGCUGUGACAAUUUUGGAGUUGGGAACAAUGGCCCUGAAGGCGCGCUACCCUUACACAAGUGUGGUGACCUUCGGAGGGUGUCAGGACGACUUCAUGUUGGUCGUCAGCAGAGAGGCCGAGGGCAAGGGUACAUCACAACGACUGCUUUUUGCGCUGAGCCAAGCGAAGAUUCUUGAAGUGACCCUUUUGAUUGCCGACUACAUGAACGCCCUGGGCCAGACAUUGCCUGGAACCCCGCAGACGAGUUCCCUGACGCGUCACGGGUCGCACAGGUCUCAAAGGUCACGGGCCGUGGGCACCAUGUCGCACUGCGGCACCAACUCGAGAGGCCAGCACUUCAACAUGACAGCUUCGACCGACACCGCAUAGCCCUCCGCCGCAACCACGACGGACCCGAAAUCGAAUAUCAACAAGAUCGUCCCUAAGGAUGGCUGCUGUCAGCGCUCAAGGCACAUAACAUACAAACCAGGCUGUAAAUUUUAAAAUUAAUACAAAAAAAAAAAACGAUUAACAAGUGCUAAAAAAUCACACUCGUGAGAGAGGAAAGAAUAACAAUGAAAAUGUUUUUUGAAGUAAAUGGUUAGGCCCGUGUGAGGGAGAGAGUUUUUUGAUAUUACCAAAACUGUGUAACUCAACCAGAAGAUUACUUUAUAUUACAAUUAAGGCAAAAGGAAUUAUUAUUGUAAGUAUACAACUAAAAAAAGAUACACACACUCAGUUCUUGCGACUGCAUUCCUAAGUUGUUCUCUCGAUUGAUAUUAUUACCAAUAAGUACAUGUAUUUUUUGCUUGUAUUGCAUGACAAAAAAAAAAUAACAAUG